AAGCUUUGGUCUUAAUUAAUUUUUAAUAAAUAUAAAUGCUCAAUAAUUCAUCAAAAAAGAAAAAUAAAAAGCAUUUUCACUUUUCUCUUACCUUUCGAUCAGAUCGCUCUCGAAAAAUUAGGGUUUCAUCAUUUUUCUCUAUCUGCUUCGCUUUGGAAGAACAAGACUAGAAGGGUUGUUUGUCUCUGAUUUUACAGCAACAUGAUGAAGCCGCGAAAGUCUUCUUUGAAUCCAUAUGCAGCCGCGUACGUUCCUAUGGCUAAAAGGGACACUAGUGUUAGAAGUUACGUGACAGAAGAUUCCAAGGACUAUAAUGGGACUGUAUGGUUUCAGCCUCCUCAAUAUACCACAAAUGAUGUGCAACUUGUUGAGAAGAACGCUCAAAGGCUCUCUCCGGGGAAAAACCAGCCUGCUUCGAGCUCUUACUUUUCAUCGCCACAGAGUGUGGCACAGCUGACAGAGAAUCAGUAUAUGGAUGAAGAGCUUGAUAUUGAUUUGGAAUAUCUUAGGAUGACAUUUCCUGGUAUAUCUGAUGAGUCACUUGUAGAUGUCUACAAUGUAAACAGUGGUGACUUGGAAGCUGCUAUUGAGAUGCUAAGCCAACUUGAGUUUGAUGAUGCUGUUGAUGCUCAUGGAAGUCUUCCAGAGUCGCUGGAUAUUGGUGAUGUUUCAGAGCCUGUUAUGCCAGCUGACUCUGCUUCAUCAAAACAGAAGAAUGCAACAGCUGGAGCCAGUACUUCAUCUCAUCACCUGUGAAUUGAUCCAAAUGUGAAUGGUGAAUUGAUUUGCUACACACAAUUGGUUUUGGUUGGAUAUAAAUAGUGUAAAACCAGGAAAGUUUUACUUUAGGUGAAGACGUUUCACAUGUCGAUUUACAGAUUGUAUAGUCCUCAGCUGUGUCUUGUUUUGCUUAAUAUGGUCUGAAAUGUUCUCUUUUUGAUGAGUUGGUUAUGCUUCUCACAAUUGUGCAGCUUUCAAUUGUAUGAGUUUGAUUGAAGGCCAUGAAAACAAAGUUGGCCAAACGAGUUAGAAGAAAAAUACAUAUCCAAGUGAAGGUGGUUUUCCCUUGGGAUAGAUAGGUGGGCUUGUUUACUGCCUGAAUUGUACCUUGCUGAGCAACUUUGGGGCUUUUACAAUAGGUUAUAAUACAUUAGUUUUAUUUUCUGUUCUUUUCA